AAAAAUUACAAAUAAAUUCUUCCACAAAUUAAAUUAAAAUGGGAAGGUCUCCUUGUUGUGAUGAAAAUGGGCUGAAAAAAGGACCUUGGACUCCUGAAGAAGAUCAAAUACUUGUUGAUUAUAUUGACAAACAUGGUCAUGGAAGUUGGAGAGCCCUUCCUAAGCUUGCAGGACUUAAUAGGUGUGGGAAGAGCUGCAGGUUAAGAUGGACUAAUUAUUUGAGGCCUGAUAUCAAGAGAGGCAAAUUUUCUGAAGAAGAAGAACAAACAAUUCUUCAUCUCCAUUCCAUCCUAGGAAACAAAUGGUCCGCGAUCGCAACACAUUUAUCAGGAAGAACAGACAAUGAGAUCAAGAAUUUCUGGAACACACAUUUAAAGAAGAAGCUAAUUCAAAUGGGAUAUGAUCCAAUGACACACAAGCCAAGAACUGAUUUAUUUGCAAACUUGCCUAAUAUAAUAGCUUUGGCAAAUUUACUUCAACAUCAUCCACUAGAAGAUCAUGCUGUGAGAUUACAAGUACAAGCUGCCCAAUUAGCUAAAAUUCAAUAUUUACAAUUUCUAUUCCAAUCUUCAAAUAAUUAUAAUCCAACACAACCUACACCCUCAUCAAACACUCAACAUUACAAUAAUAAUAAUAAUAUUAAUCUUGGAGAUUUAGGGGCAUUUAAUUUGACAAAUUUUGUUAAAGAAAAUAGUACCCCUUCUUUAAAUUUAUCCAAUAUUGAAAAUCAAACACUUUUCUCCAAUGAAAAUAACUCUUGCUCUCAACUACUCCACAAUAAUCAAGAUAAUACACAACAAGUCCCUUUCAAUUUCCAAACACAUUUGAAUAAUAAUAUUAAUGAAAUUAGUGACAAUAUUAAUUGUCACAAUUUUAAUUUUGAUCAAGAAAAUAAUUCAACUAGUUCCCCAUUAAAUAUUACUAAUAUUCUUCCUUCUCCACAUUCUUCAAGUCAUUUACCACCUUUGGCUGAAAUUUCAAUUAGCAAUAAUCAAGGAGAUUCUAGCAGUAAUUCAACUAACAAUGGUGCUGAUCAAGGGAGUUCUUCAUAUUGGCCAGAAUUAUUUUUUGAAGAACACUUCAUGCAUGACAUUUCUUGAUAUUUGCGCGGGGCUCGGAAAAAGUUGAAUUUUUUUUUGUAUAUUAGUAUGAUUGGUACGUUGUUGAUGAGUGAGAUGGACAGUGAGGAUUAUUACAGACUCAAUUUGCUUGAGAUUGAGAUGUUAUUAUUGUAAAUAUGUUGUUGAUUGUUGAGAGGGUACACAUAUGUUCACAUUGCUAAUCACAUUACGAUUCCUGUUUUUUU